AUGGAUCGGCGAGGUCUGGACAACUGCACUUAUGGAUGUCCCCAACUCUGCAGAAAAGUGGAGAGUGUGGGUGUUAUUGAGAGUCAAGGGAGCGAGAUGCCCCACACACCGGCAGCUCGCCCCACAGACCGAGACGGAGCAGAACCAAAGGCUGAAGAGGCUUAUGGACCCCUGGUGUCCCGCGCCGGCAGCUGGAGUCCUGCUCGGGUCCGGGUCACUGAUCGGAGGCUGACUAAGUGA